UCUCGGGAGGAAGCGCAGCCUAAAUCUCCUAUUUUGCACUUUUCUUGGCACACUGUAAACGCUUUUCUUUGAAUCUGAAAGGGACCUGUUGCUUCCACGGAGCGACAACUACGGAUACAGAUCUGGCUUUUCUGCCAAGCAAGAGUGCUUGAUUGAAUAUUCUUUUGCGCUGUUAACGGGGUGGAGAAUUCUACUUGAGACUCGUGUGUUUUAAUGAGUAAAGAAGGGCGGGGAAAAGCGAGGUGUCCCGUUUUCACGUGGAUGUCCAUUCUGAAAACCGAGGGGAAAAGGCGGAGUGUGCUUUCAUUAGUUGAUUUGGCCCUUUCAAAUCAUGGUGGGCCAUCACGACCAUAUGUUCAAGGUGCUGAUUAUCGGGGAUGCCACAGUUGGGAAGACGUCCUUGGUCCAACGGUAUGCUAACGAUAGUUUCAACAAGCACUACAAAUCUACGGUAGGAGUUGAUUUUGCUCUGAAGGUGGUGCAGUGGACAGAGUCUGAGUCAGUAAGGCUGCAGCUAUGGGACAUUGCAGGACAAGAACGCUUCACAUCAAUGACUCGGCUGUAUUACAAAGAGGCAUCAGCCUGUGUGAUCAUGUUUGAUGUCACCAGCAUGAGCACGUUCACCAGCUGCCAGAAAUGGAAGCAGGAUUUGGAUAGCAAGCUGAAGCUGCCUGAUGGGAGCCCUGUCCCUUGCCUGCUCCUGGCUAAUAAAUGUGACCUUUAUCCAUGGGCUGUUACCAGAGAAGAAAUUGAUCAGUUCAGCAAAGAAAAUGGUUUCACAGGAUGGACUGAAACAUCUGUCAAGGAAAACAAGAAUGUUAAUGAGUCUAUGAGAGUCCUUAUUGAGAAGAUGAUGAUGACAACAUCCUUGAGCAUUGGUGACACAGAAAACUCAGUUUCAGGCCAUGGAAACUACAUCAAGUUAAAAGAUGCAUCCACACCCAGCUGGGGCUGUUGCUAGUUGCACAAGUUUCUAUGUCGGCUCAGAGGUCAAGAAUGCCUUUCAAACAAAUAUAUAUGGUUGUUUUGUUAAAGUGAUAGCAUGCCUGCAAGCAAUGAGAGGGAGUCCCUCAGCCUAGCAAAGAUAACUAAAACCACUGUCUUUGCUCCUUAUGGGCCAUGAGGGUACACUUGCACUAUUCAGUUUGGCAUCAUGGCUUGAAUUAGCUCUGAAAUGAAGAAUUUUCCACUCAUUGCAACCCACUGCAAAGUCUGCAACUCAGCUGGUCAAAGUUGCCAUUUCAUGAAGAGUGGCUAUGGGGGACAUUUCAGCGCUCCAAAAGCAAAGCCAAAGCGACUUAGCCAUGUGUUGACUAAACCAUCCAUUGCUCUUAGAUUGAAACAAGCUGCCUUUAACGUAUCUAUGGGAACAGGCUUUGGCCUGUGGUUAUCUUGUGACACAGCUGUGGAAUUCUCUUCAUGCAGCUUUUCUAGAGGUGCCAUUUUUGCCAUGGGGUACCUUUGUAUAUAUUUGCCAAAGACUGCAUGUUUAAGCUGAAGGGGAAAGUACAAUGAACUCUGGCCUUUUUUGACCUGUCUUUUAUGUGGGAUACACAACAGUUAAGUGUUUCCUGAUACCUCCCCCCACUUUUUUUGAGAAACCAUCAAUGAAUGGAGGCAAAAGCUGUAAACUGCCUUACAUUGAUGCACCUUAUUAGAGCACCAGCAGUAUUCUUUAUUUUUAUAGCCCUUUCCCUAGCAAGAUCUAAUUUGCCUCUUUCAAAUUCUGAUGAAUUACUUCCCCUUAGCUGUCCUACUGUGUGGGUGUAGAUAGCCAUCAUUGUAAGGCUUCCUGAAAGGCCACCUACUGGUUUUAGUGAUCUGAAGGAGAAAACACAGAAUAGGAGACUCAGUUGGACAAAAUGCGAGAGUCAAAUCUUCCCUGUGGGUUUGUUUGUUCGUUUUUUUUGAUACCAAGUACAUCCCCUUCAUCUUUUUUAUGAGAUCAUAGCUGAUAUAAUUUUAUAUUUUCCAUGAAAAACCAAAUUCCAACUUUUUAGGGUUUAAAACUUGCUAUAGUUCAGACAAGUUAAAGUUACAAAAUAAGAAGAUGCAUUGAGGUGUUUGAAUUUUUAAUCUUCCUUUUAAAAUAAUCAACCAAGGCAAUAAGUGUUAUGGAUAAAAAAAUUACAUAAAUGAAUAAUAUGUCCAAAUUCUGGAUAAUUUAGGAGAUGGGUUCAAAGCAGAACUUUGAAGGUCUUAACAGCAAGAUUUAUUAAAACCCUUCACUGUUUGCUUCCAGCCCCGAUUACAGUAAAUUUUAAACUAUUAGUCCAGGAUGAGUUAUGGGCACAUUCGCCAGGUAAAUAUGAAAGAGACAUUCUAGCUCUUCUCUGAAUUAUCUAGAAAAGAUACUUACUACUAAUCUGUUGACCUUCACCUUGUAAUGUAGGCAUUCCAGGAUGACAUUUUGAAACAAAGGUUAUUAAACAGCUGCUGCUAAGUAAUGAUAUGAAUGCUGGAUAGAUACUAAGCUCUCUUUAAAAUUUAGAAACCACUAUCUCCAAUAUUUUUAAAGGUGGUAAAAGCUGUUGAUGAAUUUCUGUGCUGUAUCUGAAAAAAGGUACUGAAGUGCUAAGCACUGUGGAAUUCAAACUAAAAAUCCCUUUAAAGGGAUGCUUUUCAGAUAUAACAGUUUUAGAACUUGGUUGUUUUGGUGCAUUCAGGCACCUCCUUGUAAUUUGUGAAAUGGGAGACAAGAAAAGUGGCCUAAGGUUGUUACAGUAAAAUGAAGUGCAAUUUUUUUUUCUGCUUAUAUCCAGCAGAAACUGAUAGGAAAACAAAUAAGGGCUGCCAAUUCUCCAGAUGCUGGAGGUAGUCUUUAUGAUAUGGUCAUACACUUUUCAUCUGAUAAUAUCACAGUAAUUUAUGCCCUUAAUACUAUUUUUGAAAAGCAGUAUAUAAUGAAUUGUACAGCAGAAAUUAAUGUCUAGUAACUGGGUACAAAGACCCUUUCGCCAUGUUUUUCACAUUAUUUCAAGCAGAUUCUCUGACAUAAUUUCUGAUCUAUAUCAGGACAGUAAACCAUGGAAUUUGUUGUAUCAUCUUUCACUUUAUGUGUUUGUGCACUGGCUUAAAGUUAUUUUUAUUGUCUAUGGUUAGAGCAUUUUGGUAGUGAUCUAUACAGAAACACUUAGUGCUGUGUUGGAAGACAAUGCAAAUUGAUAACCUUGGUUAUCUGGCUGUGUGAACACAACUGUAUAAUUUUACACUUGAAAAUCUAUGCAUGUUAUCAAUUCCUUUUGUGUAUGUGUGACUUUGGGAUAAUUAUUAAGCAAGCUUUUUAUUUUAUUUUUUAACCACUCAAAUUAUUAUCACAGGGAGCUAUUGUAAUGGCAUGUGAAUGUUUAAAGCCCUGGCAGCUUGGAAAACAGCUGACUUUCCUAAGGGUUGUCUUGAGAGGCCCAACUAGAAUAUGAAGUAUAUGAUUAAAACACAAACACAAAACCACAGGAGUUCUAAAAUUAAAAUAGUGUUCUUCAAAGCAAGUGUUGGCUCAGUGUUUAAAUCCUGUGUGUUUGUGUCUGGAUCCAAGUUUCUGCAAUACGUUUUCUGCCAACAUACUCAUAUUUGCUAUAAAGGACUUACUAUGUUUUACUUACUUUGUUUUAAAUUAUGUCUCUUUAAACAUACAUCUUUUUACAAGUCAUGCUACAUACUGAUUGCCUCUCAUCUAAAACUUCUUUACCAUUUUCCCUAACUAGAUGCAACCCCAGUGCCAAAAAACUCCCUAUUUAAUAGAAAUAGAUUCAAAUAUUUUACAUUGUGCUAAAACAGGUGUUAGUCUACCUCUUUUUAAAAAGUUAUUAAAGUAAUUAAGCAAUAGUUACUACAAGUAAAAGCACUUUAGCACAAAUUGAACAAUUGAUUUAUGUAAUUAAUAAUAAAGCAUAUAACCUUUAAAUGAGAGCUUAUUUUAAAAUACUCAGAUUUGUGUCUUCUCCACCCACAUGCCAGGUUGCCACUUGGGUAGAUAAAUAGACAGAAAAAGUCUUGCUUAGCCCAGCUCCUUGAAGUGUGAAAAUUCAACUGCAAUUUUGCAUGUAGUUUUUAGAGGAGGAACAAUGAAUGGAGAACUCUUAUCCUGAAAUUGCUUCCAGUAAUGAGCCUCGGACAGCUUGGAGUUUACAUGAUAAGAGUAUAUGGACCACAUUCCAUCAAUCUGAUCAGUACUAUUCGAAAACUCUGCUCAGUUAAUUGGUUAUACAAAAUCUCACAUUUAUAUGCUUGCAUUAUAAUUGCAUUAUUUUAAUAUGUUAACAGUAUUUGCUUUUAUAUAUAGGAACGAAUGAGAUUUUUGCUGUAUCAUUCAAUAACCAGUGCAGUAUUGAAAAAAACUAAAGCCCAUCUGAAAUAAAAAGUUCUGACAUUGCUUUCUCA